AUUCCCAUUCCAUCAGCAUCCUAUCCACAUGGUGACCGGCUGAACCGGUUGCCCGUUCUCCAUUAUCUUCACCGUCGAUCCUCUGAUUCCAUUUUCAUCUCCUUUCCCCCACAGCGAACAGAACCAGUUCCAGCACCACCACCGCCUCUUUGCCACUGCAAUUCCUUUAAAUAUCUUCCCGCCCACCAUGAUUUCCCAUUUUUUCAUCGCCGCCGCCGCCGCCGGCACUUCUGCCGGAACCCUAAUCGGAGCCAACCACACGUCUUCCCGAUUCUGCUCACGCUAAACCUUCUUCAAUUCAUUAGAAUCGUUACGCUGCCUUAUCUUCUCCAAUUUCUGUUUUGUUUUCAUGUUUUCUUUGUUGUGUACAGUAAGAGCUUAAGGGGGAUUUAUGGGAUCCGUGUCGGGGAAGUUCGCCUCCCUGAGGAACCUUCUGGUUCGAGUGCUUCUGUUCUCUAUUCUUGUGAUUCUCGGUCGAUUUGCUUAUAUUGUGACUAUUGCCGGAGAAUCCUGUAGCAUUGGCGACUUCUGUUUCUUCUCUUUGCCCGAAAAUUUCAAUUUCAUGAUCGCCAGCGGCGGCCGUGCCGGAAGUGCUGCUUUGCUUACGGACAAUACUGACUCUCGUGUCAUCGGGCCUCCUCGUCCGGAUCUGUUUUCGAGUGAAGAUUGGAUCAAGACCGUCCAGUUUUACUCUUCCGUUUUCCAAGAUCUAGUUACCGAGGGCUACUUAUCGUCGAAUUCGAAAGCGUUGUGCAUUGAAACCCCUGCCGGAGCCGACGUAUCGGCGUUGAAGGAGAUCGGCGUUUCGGAUUCGGUCGGGAUUUUCAAGAAGGCGUUGAAGCCACACGUGAUUAAGGGUGAGGCGCAUCGGAUUCCGUUCGAGGAUAAAACCUUUGACUUCGUGUUCUCCGGCGGAGGCCGAUUGGAUAUUUCCCAUCGGCCCUAUGAUUUUGCUUCGGAGAUUGCUCGGAUACUGAAACCCGAAGGGUUUGCGGUGGUCCAUGUAAGUGCAAAAGACACAUAUAGUUUCAAUUCAUUCGUUGAUUUAUUCAAUUGCUGCAAGAUUCUUAAAUCAAAAGAUAUACAUAAUUUUCUGCCAUCGAUGCCUUUUACUCGUGAAUAUGUAUUGAAGAAAGAGUUUAGAAUUCUGGAAAAUAGGUUGCAGAAACUGGAUGGAGAUUCUUACAAGAAGAAUUGCUCUGUUCCUGGGUAUAAGCUAGCUCUAGUCCGAAAUGCUGAGCCUCUGAUAUUGGAGGAGCCAUUGAAGCCAUGGUUAACCUUAAAGAGAAACAUACAAAACAUCAAGUAUUUGCCAUCAAUGGCGGAAAUUAGCUUCAAAAACAGGUAUGUCUAUGUGGAUGUUGGAGCCAGGAGUUAUGGCUCCAGCAUUGGGAGUUGGUUCAAAAAGCAAUAUCCAAAGCAGAACAAAACCUUUGAAGUUUAUGCCAUUGAAGCUGAUCAAACAUUUCACGAACAGUAUAGAUCAAAGAAAAGGGUGACACUAUUGCCUUAUGCUGCUUGGGUGAGGAAUGAGACAUUGGCUUUUGAGAUCAACAAAGACCCAGGUCAGGAAAUGGAUGAUAAAGGCAGCCGAGGGAUGGGCAGGAUUCAACCCGUCCAAUCGUCGGGCCAUUUCAAUGGCGAGGUGAAUCAAAUUCAGGGGUUUGAUUUUGCCAACUGGUUGAAGAACACAGUAUCAGAGAAGGAUUUCGUGGUGUUGAAGAUGGACGUGGAAGGAACCGAAUUCGAAUUGAUUCCGAGACUGUUUGAGACGGGAGCGAUUUGUCUGAUAGAUGAGAUGUUUCUCGAGUGUCAUUACAAUAGAUGGCAGAGGUGUUGCCCUGGGGAAAGGAGUAGAAAGUAUGAGAAAACAUAUUCUGAAUGCAUAGAUUUGUUUGCAUCUCUCAGACAGAGUGGAGUUCUGGUUCAUCAAUGGUGGUAACAACAAACACUAUACAUUCUUUUGGAUAAACAUUCUUUUGAAAUUGCAUCUGAUUUUACAUAUUUUUCUUCCCACAAAAGAAAGCUUUCAUAUUGUUUUCGCUACAGAUUAAGCUGCAAAUGUAUAAGUUGUGCUGAUUUUAUACAUCCAUCCCCCUGUUGGUGUCAUAACAUUCUCUGUGUCUUCUGUGAAACUGAAAAUCAUGUCUUUUUCUGCC